AUGACUUCGAAGUAUAAAGAAAGAUUAGCUCAGCUGGAACGGAUAUUGUUGUUGCAAAAUUCGGUAAUUAAUAUUGACGAAUUGAGAAGGAUUUGUGAAAACGGUAUUGAUGAGAAAUUUCGGCCACUUUGUUGGCGUAUUCUUCUUGGGUAUAUGCCCUUGGAACGGGAUGCUUGGGCAGACUUCCUUAAAAAACAACGUGAAACAUACGAUGCAAUUGUGGAAGAAAUUAUUGUAGCUCCAGGGCAAGCAUUAUCUUUAUGUUCAAACAAUUGGAAAAAAUAUUUCAAAGACAACGAGGUGUUGUUGCAAAUUGAUAAAGACGUCCGGCGUCUCUGUCCAGAGAUAGAAUUUUUUCAAAAGGCAACGAAUUUUCCUCAUCGGAAGCGUAAGUGCGAAUUUUGUUGGUUUGAAAAAACUCUGUUUGGCCUGUCAAUGAAGAAUCCAGAAAAAUUCCUUUUUUUUUUCGAUUAUCUUCUAUCGCUUUUAAUCCGAAUAACAUUUCAGUUCAUACCUUCUCCAUCGAAAGUUGCCAAAAACGAUUACACAAAUGAAAUUCUUUGCGAGGGCGCAGAAUAUCACUGGCAAGUUGUUGAAAGGAUUUUAUUUGUCUACAGCAAGCUGAAUCCGGGUGUAAAGUAUGUUCAGGGCAUGAAUGAAAUCGUUGGACCAUUAUAUUAUGUUUUUUCGAAUGAUAAUAACACUGAGUGGACGCAGUUUGCUGAAGCAGACACUUAUUAUUGCUUUCAAAUUUUGAUGAGUGAAAUAAAGGAUAAUUUUAUCAAGACCCUUGACAAUUCUAACUGUGGCAUUACUUGGGUUAUGAGUCAGUUUUGCGAACGGCUACGUAUCUGUGAUCAUCAACUGUAUGAUCAUCUUGUUAGUAAACUUGCUGUCAAACCGCAGUUUUUUGCAUUUCGAUGGCUGUCGCUCUUACUCUCUCAAGAAUUUCCUCUUCCAGAUGUGAUAAUAAUAUGGGACUCGGUCUUUUCUGCUUCAAAUCGCAUCAAUAUUGUACAAUGGAUUUGCAUUGCUGUUUUGCAAAGGGAAAGGCAGAAUUUGUUAAAUGGCGACUUUAGCUCUUGUUUGAGGCUCCUACAGGACACUGUUCCGGAAGACCAUAAAAAAUUCAGGUUAGAGUCUGCCAGCAGGUUUGCAACGGCAUUUGCGAACAAGAUUAGAAGCUUGGCGAAAAAGUGA